AUACUACCCAGUUCAUCUGAAAACUCUAGAACUGCACGUUUUUUCCCGUAAGUGCUGCCACUACCUCCGCGGUUAGACGUGCUGUGUCACUGCAGCUCAUUUGCCUGGUUGUGAACAGUCAUGGUAAAUGUUCGCACUUUGAAACGAAAGAGUGUGUCUCUUUCACAUCUGGGUCAAACGCUGCUGACUCAUGUGUUUCCAUGGUCAGACCACAUCCUCAGAGUUGAGCUUAAAACCCAGGUUGUGCACUAAGGUGGGAGCAUUCACCCUCAGAUCAAAGACAGAAAGACGAGUAAAUGUGUUCCAAGAAAGGCUUUGCUGCUUUCAUCUUGGGGGGGCUUCUCUUUUUUGUCAACUCAGGUCAUGGCUCUGAGAUCAUUAAUGGGAAAGAAGUGGUGCCCCACUCUCUGCCUUACAUGGCUGUGCUGGCUGUGCUGCCGACAGCCAAAAAUGCCUCCUGCGGAGGGGUUUUAAUUGAUCCAAAAUGGGUCCUGACAGCUGCCCACUGCAUUGGCAUCAAAAAUGUAAUUUUGGGGGUGCACUCCCUCAAAGAAAAAGAGGCAAACUCCAAGCAGAUCCAGAAAGUGAAGACGCAUUAUCCUCAUCCGUGCUAUGAUAAGAACGAUACGGUCAAUGACCUCAUGUUACUCAAGCUUGAAAAGCCAGUAAAAGAGACCAAAACAGUGAAACCCCUGAAGCUGGCCCAGGCUGUUCAGGAUCCUGCUGGUGGUUCUCGUUGCAUGGUGGCGGGAUGGGGGAAAACGAACAACAUGGCCAAUCAAAUGUCUGACGUGUUGAUGAACACCAACGUGACUGUCAUCGACAGACAGAAGUGCAACUCGCCAGCCUUCUACAACCUGAAGCCUGUCAUCACCAGCAGCAUGAUUUGUGCCGGCUCUGAAGGUUCAAAAGUUGCAGACACAUGUGGGGGGGAUUCUGGUGGACCACUGGUGUGCAACAAUGUUCUGGUUGGAAUCACAUCUUUUGGAAGGUUGUGCGGAGUGAAAAAACACCCUGGGGUGUACAGUUUUCUGUCUGCAAAACAACUCCUGUGGAUCAAGAAGACAAUGAAGACCCCCCAAAUAUAAAUGAAUCAUCUCUUUCAAAUUGCUUUAUCUGUUUCUUUAGCUUUAAUUUCAUGUUUCACUUGAUCACAAACGUUUUUUGCAUUUGCAAUGAAGCAAAUAAUGUAAAAGAAAAGGCUGAACAUUUACUCUACUGUGGCUCACUUAGUUACAUUCUACUGGCUUUUCUACUGGACCUUUCCAUUAAACUCUUCCCUU